AAAUGUCCUCUGCUAGUUCUGCUGAUUCUCCAAGUCGCUGUGCGAAGAGCGCUUGGACACCUAUGAAUCACGCUCCUACGAAUGAAAAGGUCUACCAAGAGAGAAAAACACUUGUCUGUCGUUGGUUUGACAUGUGGACUGGUGCUCAGAGAAAGCAGUUUUUGAGCCAACUGCUCAAGCGAUGCAAGCAGCCACAACUACAACAUGUUCAAAACAUAGUCAUGUCAAUUGCACCUGUAGAAGCUAAUGACUUUACUCGUGUUCUACCUCGUUGCAUUUCUCUUUAUAUUUUUUGUCAUCUGGACCCAAGGAGUCUUUGCAGAGCAGCAAAGGUGUGUUGGUAUUGGAAAUAUUUGACUGAGGAGGACUGCAUUUGGGCCCCAAAAUGUCUUCGUCUUGGAUGGCUGUUACCUUCUAUUCCAAGCAGGCUGGAAAGAGGAGCUUGGAAGGAACACUAUCUUAUGUGUGUCCAGGCCAUCAGUCAAACCAAUGUUCUUGAUCAAAUAGAAACUGAUUUAGACUCAACUAAGCUCAUGAAUGGAUCUAAGGGGUACAGGGUUCUAACGAGGUUUCUGGCAAAGUGUGGGGUAGGGUGUGGCUUUCUAAAAGGGGUGUGGUUUUGCCGUGGUUAUGGUUUUUUGAAAACGCAGCUCUGAGUGGUGUGGCAACUGAUGGUAAACCCUCUAAGGCUUUGCAACGCAAGCAAUCAUCAGAGGCUAGUGCAAGGCCUAGGAACAGUACACAGCGUCCUGUGUGGAGACGUCCUGAUCCUAAACCAUUUGAUUUGGAGCGUUUCUCUAGAAAGGCUGCCAAGGCAGAGGCUAGAGUAAAACGUCCAUGGACCUACCCUACAGUGAGAUUGUGAGAUGGGGCUACUCCACGUGCCAAAUAAUGGACGAUUGGCGAAAGUUAAGUUACGUUUUCUUCGCUCAGAUAGCUACUAUCUAGGUGCUAGCGUAAUUCCUACCACCUAUAGGGUGGGUGAGGGCUAAUGAUUAUUUAGUUUUGCUGUACGGCUAUCAUUCUUCGUGUUAUUUGGUUCCGCAUUUGGAUGAAUUGUUAUUUGGAGUUGUUACUUGUCGAACUAAUUGUUUGAAUGAAGAACAAACAUCAAUUUAUAUAUAUAUGAAGAUAUGCUCUCCACUUGCAAGCAAUAAACAUAUAACUUGAUUACUGCAAUAACUUUACAAUUUUUGGAAUUAUACCACCCGCAAACGCUAAUUUUUCUUCUUUAGCUACUAUACUUAUAAAGUGCAAAGCGCUUACUGGGUGCCGUCUUUUGAAACGAUAACAACUAUAUAUGCGUAUAUUGACUCUGAUGUCUCACUAACAAAGUCUCUUAGCCUGUGGUUUGUAUACAGACAUUCACGUUUGCUGCACCUGUUCUGUGCAGCGACAGCAACACUUUUGAAGUGACGACAUUUAACGGGCAUGUCGAAUAGCAGCGACUUUAGAUGUGACUUGGUCAGGUUUAUCAGGUUUAUCUAUAAAGUAUUUAUUUUCUAAAGUAUCUGUCUGUCUGUCUGUCUGUCUGUCUGUCUGUCUGUCAAAAUUCAUAUAUUUUCAUAAAUGAAUGCUAUUACAACUAAAACUAUUUAGAAUGUUCAAGAGACCCAAUAGGGUCAAUACACAUCACAAACUGUCUGUCUGUCUGUCUGUCUGUCUGUCUGUCUGUCUGUCUGUCUGUCUGUCUGUCUAUAUGUAUGUCCGCAUGUAUGUAUGUAUGUAUGUAUGUAUGUAUGUAUGCAUGUUUAAUUAAACGGGUUUAUCAGAAGUUUAUCAAAAUUGUCAUGGCCAACAUUAUCCACGAACCAUGCGGACCCCUCAACAAAAAUUCGCCUUGCGUGAUUGACAACUACUGCUCCAAGCAUUUUUCAAAGAAUUUCUGCCGUGAAACUCAAUGCUUCAAUGACUGAUAUCCACUUUAUCGUCGUCCAUGGGUGUCUUUGCUUAGCUAACUGAAUUUUAUAAUGCCCCAAGAGUCUAGAUGCUGGAAUUGUGUUAAUUAACUUAAUUAAUUAGCUCCGGCGAAGAACAGGCUACAUGGCUUGU